AUGAUUCUCAAAGGCUAUUCCACGAUGCUCAUACCCACCUGGGCCCUCGGGCAAGGCAACGACAGCCUCCAGUGGCACUUCAUGGGAUCUCAAAGGCCUGGGGAAUAUAUAUCUGCAGAUUCUAUACCUCCAGAUCUCAGACGGACCAUACGCGACCUCGAAGUCAGUAGUAUCCACGACCGGCGAACCUUUGUGGGAUAUUGUAGCGAAGCAUACAUUCACGUGGGUACACGAGAUUCAGGAUUCGAAAAUAUUACCUUGUCACAGGCGGAAUGCAGCUCGACAGCCGUACGCAUUGGUCGAGAGAUAAACCCUACAAUUGGUACGGGAGGUCUGGGUAUCCUUAGAGGUGGGAUUGGCGCCAAAGUCAUUUUCACGAAGGGGUUGUUCGCCCCGAUCGAAGAAGAGGAGACUUGUUUAGAAGAUAGGGUGCUCAACUCAAAGGAUAACGGCUGCAUCAUCUAUGACACAGAGAAGAAAACCGGUUUCAUGAUCCCAGAGUUGAAUUCUGUCCUUCUCAUUGCUCACAUGUGGGCCUCGAGACAAUCAAACAGCAAUCAACUUUUAAAAAUCAUGCCCUUUAUUCCACCCACUACAACGGGUGGACAAGCUGCGUUAAAGAUAGUGAUGGAAAAUUCAAAUCUAAUCCUGCGCGAAGAGUAUGCCGACGAAAAGAAGUUAUUUUUCAUCACCAAACUGAAAGACGUAUUUCGCGCACUGGAGAGGAGAAAAGAACAGCAGAGAAUCGUGCAGGAAAAUACGAUUCGCAUAAUUGAGCGACAUUGGGUUCGAGGCUGGGAAAUCUGUGAUAUUGCUGCCUGCAAACCAUCAAAUGAGAAGAGAGUCAAACUGCCACUUAGUGCGGACGAUUCAUGGCAUAAGAUUCCUCGUGACAAUCCCGAUAUGAUUGUUCUGCUAUGCAAGGGCAUGGCCGAUGCGAUUCGACCGGGCCCAAACACAGUCUGUCAAGCAUGGUACCCUCUUCCUCAAGAAAAUUAUCUCAUGGCAAGUGCGGAAUGCGUCAAGUUGCUAUCUGAGAAGCACGGAGGUACGAAGGGGAAGCCGAGACUCGCGGCGAAGCUUUACUUGAAGGUCCCAAAGAGCAAUAGUAUCUUGGGUGAUUGCGAGGCUAGUGUUGACGGUGGGUGCAAUCAUGCCCAGUCCCUGAGUAAAAAUCCACCGGAUAAUGAAGUGUUCUUGAAGAAUGGCGCCAUCAUUUUUGGGAAGAGCAUGGGCCGGAAGUACCGUAGCUGA